GGUAUAUAUAUUUGGGCAUUGUGAAACUAUAAAUUUAGAUCGUAUAAACGUAUUAAAGUGCAAAGUAUUGGCAGAUUGAUUCGAGCACUAAUUACCACUUUUAAAAUGCGUAAUUCAAGCGCAGGCCUUUUGGCCAUUGUCGCUGUGGUUGUUCUUGGUGUGUGCUCGGCAACACCAAUCGAACAGCCGCUUGUGGGUGCCAGCAAAUGCACCUGGGGUCCAACCUAUUGGUGUGCCAAUUUAAGCAACUCGAAGGACUGCAAGGCGACGCGUCAUUGUAUUCAAACCGUGUGGGAAAAGCGUGAUGUUGAAGUGGACAAUGAUAGUAUUUGCAAGAUUUGCAAGGAUAUGGUCACACAGGCACGCGAUCAGCUGCGCAGCAAUGAGACCCAGGAGGAGUUGAAGGAGGUAUUUGAGGGCUCCUGCAAUCUAAUACCCAUCAAGCUCAUUAAGAAAGAAUGCGACAAGCUGGCCGACGAUUUUGUGCCAGAGCUAAUUGAAGCGCUCUCCUCGCAAAUGAAUCCUGAUCAAGUUUGCACAGUAGCCGGACUUUGUAAUAAUGCUAAAAUCGACGAACUGUACAAGCAGUACAUACAGUCAGCGCUCGAUGGCACCUUGAAACCGGAGGAUGAACCAGAGUCUACCACCACAGCAGUUGGUUCUCCAAAGACGCUCACUUGCGGCAAUUGCAAUCUGCUCUCUCGCUACAUGCAGCAGAAAUUUGAGCUGACGAAUCGCGACGACAUGGUGGAGAACUUGCUGCACGUGUGCGGUGGUCUCUCGAGCUUCUCGGAUGCCUGUGCAAAUAUUGUGCUGACCUAUUUUAAUGAUAUUUUCGAUCAUGUGAAGCAACACUUGCAGACUGAUGGCAUGUGCCAUGUGUCAGGCGUGUGUGCAUCGAAGUACCAUCAGCACAAGGAUGAUGUGCAGGAGCCAGAGCCAUUGUCGUCGUUGGACGGCGGCGAUGAUAUACCCUGUCAGUUGUGCGAGCAGCUGGUGCGUCAUUUGCGUGACGUACUGGUGGCUAAUACCACGGAGACAGAAUUCAAGCAAGUGCUGGAGGGUUUCUGUAAACAGACGCGUUCCUUCAAGUCUGAAUGCCUGAGCAUUGUGGACCAAUACUAUCAUGUGAUCUAUAGUACAUUGGUGAAUGAUAUGGACCCCAACGGCGCCUGCUUUAUGAUUGGGGUCUGCCCCAAGCAGUUGGACAAGACCUUCGAUGCCCCCAUUAUGCCGCUGUUGCCCGCCAUUGCGCCCGCCGAAGUGGUUGUGACCAUUAAGAAAUUGGGCUCCAAUGAGCCCAAGUUCACGCAGGAUGAACUUAUUGGCAUGACGUUGCCGAUCGAUCAAAUAAUGGGUGCUGCUAAUCCUGGCCUGCUUGUGGAGGGCGGAGAGCUUUGCACACUUUGCGAAUACCUGCUGCACUUCGUACAAGAGGAGUUGGCUACGCCAGCCACUGAAGAUGAGGUCAAACAUACUGUGGAGUCGAUUUGCCACAGAAUGCCUAGGAGUAUUGACAAGCAAUGCGAUAAUUUUGUCGAGCAGUAUGGCGAUGCGGUCAUUGCUUUGCUCAUUCAAGGCCUGAAUCCCGCCACAAUAUGCCCGAAAAUGCAAAUGUGUCCCCACAAUAAAAAUCACGAAGAUGUCGAGGUCUUCCAUCCCCUGCCCAUUGACCAUCAGGAUAAGCCCACAUGUCCGCUCUGUCUGUUUGCUGUGGAACAAGCGCAGGCCAAGAUACGCGACAACAAAUCUAAGGAGAACAUAAAGCGCGUCUUGGACGGCCUGUGUGCGCAUUUGCCCAACAAAUUGGCACCCGAGUGCAAAGACUUUGUGGAGACGUAUUCGAACGAACUAAUCGAUAUGCUCAUCACAGAUUUCAAGCCGCAGGAAAUUUGCGUACAGCUGAAAUUGUGUCCCAAGCAAACGGACUAUCUUGACGAAAUGGGCAUUAGUCUGGAGGAUGAUAGCGACGAGGAUAAGUCCAAUAGCGGUGAAUUGGCAUUCAAUGCCAUCGAAAGCGAUGAAUCGCCCUAUGAGUUGGCCUUCGAUCAGGACUUUUCCGCUUUACCGAACUGUGAACUCUGCAAGUUGCUGGUUAAGGAAGCAAACAAGAUCAUUAAAAACCGCAAGAGUAAGGAUGAGAUUAAGCGUGCGUUAGAUCACUCCUGUGACGCACUCAAAUCCACGUUUAAGCGAAAGUGCCACAGUUUUAUCAAGAAGCAUGGCGACCAAUUGGCCGCAGCGUUGAUGAAAGCAACAACACCCAAAGUGGUUUGCAGAAUAAUUGGCCAGUGUCCCUUCUUUGAGGAUGACGAUGCCAUUGUAAUUGACGAUACACUGAAGUAUGAGAUUAUCGAAGCGCCCUCUUCAAACGCGCAACUCGAACGCCUUGAGCAGUCCCCCAUGGAGCCACCCACGUGUGUGCUCUGUGAGUUCGUGUUGGCCAAGCUGGAAAUGGAGUUGCAGAACAAGACAGAACAGGAUGAGAUAAAGCGUAUCAUCGAAACCAUCUGCACUCGUCUGCCCAAGACAGUUCGCAAACAGUGCGAUGCAUUUGUUGCAGAUUAUGCUUCAACCAUUAUUGAUUUGCUCACCAAGGUACCGCCCAAGCAGGUAUGCCAAAAGCUGCAGCUCUGUCUCAGCCAGGCCAUCACCGAUGAGGUCAUCGAGUGCGGCGUUUGCCAUGGGGCCACCCAAGUGCUGUUGCCCCAUAUUCGCGGCCAACUACAGCAUGAAGAGCUCAGAACUCAGGACAUGACCGAAGUGGCCUGUGAGAAUGUACCCGCCAAGUACUACAGCAUCUGUUCCGAGAUGAUCUCCAUCUACGGCAUCAGUAUCAUGCACUUGGCUCAGCAGCCUGAAGUCGAUCAAGCGCACGUCUGUUCCAAAAUUGGCAAGUGCUUCGAUACCGAAAAAUCUUCCCUGGCCUUUGCCAGAAUUUCAAACUAAACAGCAACUAUGUUGGCACUGCAUGACGAUGAGAGGAGAAGAACUUACGCCUUUUUAUCCAACAACUGAGUUAUCUUUCUGUGUGUAUGAGUACAUUCACUUUUUUCACUUACUGUAACUAUUUCACAACUGUAAAUUAGAAACAAUUACUUGCUUGAUUUCUCCGUUGACUAAAUUCGUUAAGCAAAAUGGGGUGAUAAUUAAAUGAGAGAUCGAAACGAAAGAAAAGAGAACACAAAAUGAAAUGAAUUGAUUUUUUUAAGUAAAUGCACGUGAAAUGGGCUAAAAAAUAGUUUAAACUUAAGCAACUAUGUAAUUUUAAAUUUAAUCUGUAGACGAGAAAAAACGAGCAAAGAUCUUAACAUGGGAGCGUUAGCCCAGUUUAUAUAGAGCGCCAAAAUGUGUAAAAAAAAUAUAUAAAUAUGGGAACCAUAUGUAUCAAUAAAAAAAUUUCAAAAAUACUACAA